CUCUAAUAGUUUUAAUUCAACAACAAUGGCAGAAGAAGUGGAAAGCAUGGAUGAGCAAGAGGAUGAGGUUGAUGAUGAAGCUCAUGAAAAACUCCUCAAAUCACUGUUUGGCUCUAAAAAAAACAGCAGCAAGUUGCGAGGUGUUGCAUCCAGCAGCCUUGACCUUGCUGUACAUGCAGGUGAAGAUGUUACAAAGAUCGGCCAUGAUGACCUCAAGUUGAAACGUAAAAGUGCUGCAGCUCAGCUGAAAAAGCCUCUCAGUGUUCUUGAAACUGAAAAGGCCAAGCGUCAUAUCUCAAGAGAAACAAUGGUAGCAGAGAUGACCAAAUGGGAUCCUAUUGUUAAAGAAAUCAGAUCAGCCCCACAAAUUGUCUACACCUCUAGACCUCAUGGUCUCAAGAUGCAUGCUGCGCUGCAACCCAAACAGUUUACGCCGCGCACAUCGCUGGAACAAGAGAUCUACGCUGCUCUGGGUAAAAGUUCAGAUGUUCUUAAGACAAACCAGGAGCUGACAGAGACAGAGGCCAGAGCACUCAAAGCUAUGUCUGUUAAAGAGGCAAAAGCCAGGAGGGAGGAGCUACUCAAGCAUCAUGAAUUGUUGACUAGAAUGGAGAAAAAAGCCAAACGUGUCAAAAAAAUCAAAAGCAAAAGGUACAGGAAACUACUGAAAAAUGAAAGGAUAAACAAUGAGAAAAAACAGCUGGAACAGCUGCAGAAAACAAACCCCGAGGCUUUCUUAGAGAAGUUAGAACUUUUGGAGAGAAAUAGAAUGGAGGAACGUCUGACACUCAAGCAUAAAGGUGGAGGAAGGUUCUCUCGACUUCACAAAGCUUACAGUAAAUUUGAUGAUAAGACAAGGGAAGCAGUGAAUGAUAUGUUACAGAAAGGUAAAGAGCUGACCAAGAAAUAUCAGGAUGCAGAUUCCAGUGAAGAAGAAGCAAGUGAGAUCCCUGCCAGCAUUGAGCCAGCACAACCAGCUCUUGGGUCAACACCUACCCCAGUGACACUCGUAAACCUUAGGUCUUUAAACAAACAAGCCAUUGAAUGGCUGGAGGGACCCAAGAAAGACAGUGAGAAACCUCCUGAUGGGGUGCCAGCAUCAGCCGCCAGUCAGCUGACAAACCUAGUCCUGGCUUCUGGUACAGACACUAAUGGGCUCACACCCCCAGUGGCACACAACUCUCCUAUCAGAUCAACAGAAGGCCACACCACCACACAUGGCAAUGAGGGGUGCCAGGAUGAACCAGAAGCAAAAAAAGUUGCCCAGCUCCCAGCUGUGGAGAAACAGAAGAGAAAAAGGAAAAAGAAAACAGCUCCACAAGUGGAGGAAAAAUCUUGCAAGCCGGUCACAGAGACUACACUAGCAGUAUCCCCAGCCAACAGGGUGGAGGGGGAGGACUUCUCUGCCACCAUGGAGGAGCUGUUCAAUGACGAGGAUGUUGUGGAGGAGUUCAGCAAGGAGAAAGCUGAGAUGGAAGGAAGGAAGAAGUUGAAACUUGACACUAAACUUCCUGGCUGGGGAAACUGGGCUGGUCCAGACUAUAAAACUAGCAAGAAUCCCAGACCGGCUGUCAGUAAAGGACACAAGACAAAAGAUUUCAAGCCUCAGCAAACAAAGGUCAAGCAACCUUUUGUGUGGAUUAACCCCAGCCAUGACGAGGCAAUCAGGAAGCUGCAACCCAAAAAUGUUCCGUUCCCCUACACGUCAGUCCAGCAGUACGAGUCCUCCUUGCGCCAGCCAGUGUCUAGAGGUCUGGUGCCUGAGACAGCCACCAAACUUUUGGUCAAACCAGAAGUCAUCACCAAACAAGGACACAUUAUCAAACCUUUGGACAAAGAAGAUUUCCUCAAGAAAGAUAAAAAUAUCUAUGAUGAGAUUCCCAUUAAGAUUGUGAAGAAAAAAAAUUAAUGACUUCUAGAAUUGUGUGUAUAAACUUCUUAAAAAAAUGAAAAAAAAUAAAGUGGAGUGAUCUCCUCUAAACCCUCA